ACCAACAUGAAGAAUCAACAUCAACUACAGAUGAAGAGACAGACCCACAGAACAGAGAUCAGAGGAAGAGAAGAGACAGAAGACAUGUCCAAAGUGUGGACAGCUCUCACAUGUCAGCAGUCCUCCCCCAGCAUUUGGUGACUGAAGAGAAGGAUUUCUACAACCAGCAAAGGAAGUUCAGUGUAGAACCGGAAGAACAAGAACCUCAUCAUUAUAAAGAGAAACCAGAGGAGCCAGAACCUCCGCAUUAUAAAGAGGAGCAGGGGGAACAAGAACCUCCACAAAUUGAAGAGGAACAGGGGGUACCAGAACUGUCACCAAUUAAAGAAGAGCAAGAGGAGCUCUUAAUCAGUCCGGAUGAAGAUCAGCUUGAUCUGAAGCAGGAGACUGAUACCUUGAUGGAGAUUCCUACUUAUGAGGAAGAUGAGAACAGUGAAGCAGAUCUAAACAAUCAGCAGAGCUUCCUCAACUUGUGA